AUGAGUAUCAAAGAUGGCGGCCCCCCUAAUCGAAACAUGCCAUGUUGCAUGUUGUGCAAAUCGUACCCCAAAUGUCCUUUCUUGGGGUAGAGGAAGACUUAUUGCCUUCGGAACCUGCAACUCGAUAGCCCUGUAUGACCCCAAGGAAUUUACUGUCGUCUGUAUCCUGAACGGGCACACCGGGAGGGUCAACACAGUGCAGUGGGUCCGCAGACAGGAUUGCGGCCCUGAAACUGAGCUGGUCUCCGGAGGGUCUGAUAAUCACAUCAUUGUUUGGAAAGCCCAGGAUGGAACGUUUACCCAGCUGGGGCAGUGUGUUGGCCACACGGGUCCCAUCUGUGCGGUGGACUCCAUUCGGCUGGACUCUGAGAACACCGCAGAACUGCUCAUUGCCUCCGCUUCCUCAGACUCCACAGUUAAACUCUGGGUCGCCAAUGGCAACAAGGCUGACUGCCUCCAGACCUUAUCUUUCGGGAGUGGUUUUAUGAUGGAUGUCUCGUUAGUGCUGUUGCCAGGCAGCAGAGUUCCAAUUUUGGCUUGCGGGGGUGACGACAGCCGUGUUCACCUGUAUGUGAAGCGGGACAGACAGUUUGAGAGGGUCCUUUCCCUGCACGGUCACCAGGACUGGGUCAGAGGUGUGGAGUGGGCUGCCAAUGAUGGGGAAAUUCUGCUUGCAAGCUGUGCACAGGACUGCCUGAUCCGAAUUUGGAAGGUCUUCGCCAAGGAGGAGGACGCAGCCGACGCCCAGUGCGAUGACACCAUCAAGAUGAAGGAGGAUGUUUUCGAGGUGCACGUUGAGGGUUCCACCACUCAGUUUGCCGUUUCCUUGGAGACAGUGCUGGCUGGUCAUGAGAACUGGGUGUACGGAAUCCACUGGCAGCCAGCAGUCAUUAAAGGUGGCAGUGUGCAUCAGCCCAUGAGCCUACUGUCUGCAUCUAUGGACAAGACCAUGAUCCUCUGGGGCCCAGAGGAGGCGUCAGGUGUAUGGCUGGAGCAGGUGCGUGUCGGAGAGGUGGGCGGGAACACCCUGGGGUUUUAUGGCUGCGGGAUGAGUCCGGAUGGGUCGAUGAUCGUCGCCCAUGCCUUCCACGGAGCGCUGCACCUCUGGCAGCGCGACCAGACCAAAGAGGGGGAGUGGAGCCCUGCGGUGGUCAUAUCAGGGCACUUUGGCAGCGUGCAGGACCUGAGCUGGGACCCAGAGGGGGAGUUCAUCGUCAGCGUGGGCUCUGACCAGACCACCAGGCUCUUCACGCCCUGGAGGAGGAAGGGGCAGGCCAAGGUGACCUGGCAUGAGAUCUCUCGGCCACAGAUCCAUGGCUAUGACAUGCAGUGCGUGGCCAUGGCGGGGCGCUUCCAGCUGGUCUCCGGGGCAGACGAGAAGGUCUUGCGUGUCUUCCGGGCCCCCCGCAACUUUGUGGAGAACUUCUGCAACAUCACAGGGGCACCCCCAGACAAGCUGCUGGCCUCCAGUGAUGCUGCUAACCUCCCUGAGGGAGCCAGCACUCCAGCUCUGGGGCUGUCCAACAAAGCUGUGUUUCAAGGUGACUUAAUGCCCCAGGGGCGUGAAGAGGAGGAGGAGGGGUUCAACAGCAUUUCAGACCAGUACCAGGAGUCCUAUUUUCACCCUCUCACCCUAACAGAGCCCCCCACAGAAGACCAUCUCCUUCAGAACACCCUGUGGCCUGAGGUCCAGAAAUUGUACGGGCACGGCUUCGAGAUGUUCUGCCUGGCAUCAAACAGCGCGAAGACGGUUGUCGCGUCGGCAUGCAAGGCCUCUAAGGCGGAGCACGCGGCCAUCCUCCUGUGGAGCGCCACCUGCUGGAGGCAGCUGCAGAGCCUGGCCAUCCACAGCCUGACCGUCACGCAGAUGGCCUUCUCCCCGGAUAGCCGCUUCCUGCUGGCCGUGUCCCGCGACAGAACCUGGUCGCUGUGGAGACAGCGGGACCCCCCAGCCGCUGACACAGAGCUAGCGUUCACCCUCCAUGCUCACACCAACAAGAACACAUCUGUCCACAGCCGCAUCAUCUGGGCCUGUGACUGGAGCCCUGACAGCAGAUACUUCGUCACCUCCAGCAGGGACAAAAAGGUGAUUGUGUGGGGUGACUGCAGUUCUGUCGAAGGGGGGGAGGAGAACACUCUGGUGGCCAUCAAUCCCUGCUCCUCCAUGCUGGACGUGGGGGAUUCCGCCACUGCCGUCAGUUUCUGCCCCAUCCUCUGUCCAGACCACAGUUAUCUCCUGGCAGUGGGCCUAGAGAGUGGGAAGAUCGUACUCUUUAAAUGGAGGCCGCUGACAAACCCUUCUGCCGGAACAGACUGGACCAAAUGUGGAGAAAUGAACAACUCCCAAAGUCAUGCCCUGACGGUCAAGCGGCUUCGCUGGAGGCCGAGGGCAGGCCGUGCCGGCCAGGAAGAUGAGAAUGAGGGGGCCGCCUGGGUCCAGCUGGCCAGUGCAGGGGCCGACCACUCUGUCAAAAUAUUUAACAUCAACCGACUGGCUUUGUAGCACUCCAGCAAGGUACACUGCUCAGAGGGACUGUCUUUCUAUAGGUCAACAUGCAGUGGGACAGCCUCUGCACAGUUCAACACGCACUGGGACAACCUCUACGCAGAAGAACUGGCGUUGGGACAGCCUCUACACAGAUUAACACACAGUGGGACAGCCUCUACACAGAUUAACACACAGUGGGACAGCCUCUACACAGAUCAACACGCACUGGGACCGCCUUUACACAGAUAAACUGGCAGUGGGACAGCUGUUGCAUUGACUGAACUCAGCUGGCCGGGUCUAUGGGAUGACAGCCUUUCAGACCUUCAUACAACAGCAUGGAAGGAAUUGGAAGCCACUGGAGCACGAUGGGGCAUUUGCUAGAACAGGGAUUGGCAAGGCUGGUGAUGGGAUGCCAUAGAUGCUUAUUUUUAACAUCAUAACCCAUAGUUACAGAAAUGGAAAAUGUGUUCUGAGAGUGAGAGUGCCAGUUGGUUGAAACUACUCAAAUAGAUAAUAGCAAUUUGUAUUAACUUGUCCAGAAGGACUGAUUCUCAGCCCUGCGUAGGAAAUACAUGUUAGUGUAAGUUUACAGCUGUCCUGUCAGGUAAAA